AUGAGUUACGUGAGGACGCCCCUUAUCCAUCGCGAAUUCAAUAAUAAAGAAAAGGGGCCAAAGAUGUACCUCAAGUACGAAAUGCUACAACCGGGUGGCAGCUUUAAGUCUCGAGGUAUCAGUCAUUUAAUUGCGAAGGCCAAGAGAAAAAACGAUUUGGAAAAGAAUGGCGAGAACAAGUUGGCAGUUUACACCAGCUCUGGCGGUAAUGCAGGUCUAGCAGCAGCUACUGCGGCUAAAUCGAUAGGACUCGGCUGCACUGUAGUUGUGCCUAAACUAACGAAACAUAGAAUGAUUGAGAAGAUCAAAAGCGCAGGUGCAACGGUAAUCGUACAUGGAGAUCACUGGGGCCUUGCAGACCUGUACCUUCGAGAAAAGGUAAUGGUGGAAGCAAGAGCGUGUGGUCUCGAAACGUUGUACGUUCAUCCAUUCGAUGAUGAAACAGUGUGGGAGGGCCACUCGUCAAUUGUGGAUGAAAUUGUGCAGCAAUUAGAACAGCAGGAGAUACCUUUGUCCAGAUUAAAAGGCAUAGUAUGCAGCGUAGGGGGUGGUGGUCUCUUCAGUGGUAUUGUGAAAGGCUUGGAAAACAAGCAUUUGGCAGAAACAGUUCCGAUCGUUGCGGUUGAAACAGAAGGAUGCGACGUGCUUGCUAAAUCACUGGCGAAUGGUAGUCCUGUCACACUAGAUAAGAUAACCAGCAUUGCUUCCUCUUUGGGUUCUCCAUACAUAGCAUCUUUUGCGUUUGAUAGCGCAAAGAAAUAUGAAAGCAAGUCAGUUGUUCUUCAGGACAGCGAAGUAUUGGAGACGUGCAUGAAGUUUACUGACGACUCUGGUAUUAUUACCGAGCCGGCGUGUGGUGCUUCUUUACAUCUAUGCUACCAUCCAAAUCAACUGCAGACUGCUCUUGGCAGCGACCUGACUGAAGAUGAUGUUAUAGUUGUAAUUGCAUGCGGGGGCUCGUGUGUUUCUUUCAAUGAGUUGUCACUGUUGUCAAAUUCCAGACUUUAA